AUGGACAAGGACGGCUGUGACACCGUCGGCGACCCCCUCACCGACGUCGGCACUGACGACGAGCCCAUUCGCCUGUCGUCCAUCGAGAUCGAUAACAAUGAGGCCGCCUGGGAGGCCGGCGCUAAGUGCAUGGCCGACCACCAGCCCCAGCAGCAGCAGCGGCACAGCAGCAGCAGUAUCAUGACGAUGAGGGCGAUAGGGACGUCAGCACUACGGCGACAGCGGGGUGCCUGUCAAUGCGCCCUCCCUCCCUCCCUCCCUCCCUCCCUCCCACGACGACCCCAUCGAGAGACGGUCCUUCCUGGCAGACGGGACGGCGAUUUAAUGUUUCUCCGAAUCGGUGACCCCAGCCCAACACAUCACCUGUCGCGGCCCCCACCACACUGCCCCUGGUCUACAAGUCGGAUGGCUUCGACAUGCAGGAGCUGAUCGUGGAUUGGUCCGACCGCCGCCCCGAGGUCUGGAUGCUCUACUACCUCGGCCUCCCUCUCCGAGCCCAACAAGCAACAAAAGGGUGGGGACUUUUUGCAAGAAGCAGCCAGGCGAACCAACGCAUGGACAGAUAUUAUGUUCUGUGUAUCAGGUCUUGCGUUGGGGCAAUCGUUGCCUACAUUUUAUAUUUGUUUGGUUUCGAUGACGGUUGCCGCCAUUAUCUUUGUUCCUGGCAAUGGUCAGGGCGUCCUGACGGUGCGAAAGCCUGCAGCUGCCCUUCAGUGAGCCACCACCAUGCUGAUAAACCUCGCCAACUCGGCCGCCCUCUCCCAUCACCCCACCCACCCCCUCCCAAGCGCCUUUGUCCUCUUCUCUACGGCCGCACGAAGGGCAAAGAAGAAGCUCAUCGCCAGCAGCAUCUGCCACUCGUCGCCCGAGCUGCAGCUCGCCUUCUUUCACUCCCUCGAGAAGGACCACAGGGCCUUGCCUCAACGACGCCCAAGACGAGACGGAGCUUCGGGUGGCGCAGGACCACGGCAGAGAGCCAGAAGAGGACGAGCCUACCAACAUAUACGACGACGAGUGCCCGGAGGAGAUGCAGCUGCUCGACAUCGACGACCAAUGGCGGCGGCGGAAGUAUGUCAACAUCCGCAACGCCGCCAGCAGCGUGGAGGAGGCCCUGCGUGGGGAGGGUAUCGUGUCGGGGGGCGAGAGGGCUGCUGACAGCAGCGAGACAGGGAGGGGCGUCUGGCUGGAGGAGACUAGCACCCUCUAUGGCAUGGGCCAGGCCAUGGCCAACGUCAUGCGGGGCGAGAAGCUCGUCGAUGUCCUCAUGGAGGAGGAGAGCAUGCUGUGGAUCAUCGACCAGUGGAGAUAUCCGAGGCCCCUCCUGACGCCUGCCGACCACCAGGAGGCCAAGGACGAGUUCUUGGGGUCCCGGGUGUCCGCCGACCUGCACCGCAGCCUCAAGUGGGGGACAUACCACGGCCAGUAUUUCACCGAGAAGGGCCCCCAGCUGCGGGAGAUGACGGUGAACGAGGGAGAGGGUAGGGAUGCUGCUGCAGGACCUGCAAGACCAGCCCAGCUUCGCCCCAUGGUUGCCCAGGUUCAUAGAAGGGCACCGCAGCGAAAGGAGUGAGACACACGAAACAACCCAUAAGAAUAGCUCAUCAGUCUGUGUGUGUGGGCAGAUUGUUUGAUUAUCGCCGCCUACAUUUAAUAUUUCGACAUCUCGUACAUCGACCCUCUGCGCCCUGCCUUCGUGGACGACAAUGCGGUACGUGGAAGCUGUACACACGAAGGUGUGAGGCCCUGGAUGCCCCAAAGACGGAUAGAGGCGGAGAUAGAGGGCUACGUGAUCAUAUCGCAAUAUAUAGGUAUGCAUUGCAUUGCAUAUGACGGGGAAGGAGGAAAGGCAUCAAGGAAGGGACGCAACGCACACGUGUCUGUGUGUAUCUGUCUGCCUUGGUUGUGCCCCCACCCCACCUGUUCAGCUUUUCUGAGUGAGGCCGAUCGCGUGGCCUUGGAGGAGCAGCAGCCACCACCCCUACCGCCGUCGCCGCCACCCGAGGGCCCAUCGGCUUUGCCAGCGGCUCUCGAGGCGCCUGCCUCUGCACCAGCGGCCGACGAUGGCGAGGUCGAUGAGUGGUGCAAGCGGCACCAGCAGGAGGCCGAGGAGUACGAGAGGGUCAUGCAGGAGGUAAUGGCCGAGUACGCCGACUUCCUGGGCCCUGACUUGCUGGAAGAGGAGCCGGUGGACCCCGAGAGCGGCGACGAGGGGCAGGAGAGGCAGGAGAUAGAGAGGAAGCCAACGCGGGCGAGGUGUGGGACGGGGCCGUCACCCUCCAAGACCUGUUCCACAUCCGGGCCGGCAUGCAGCGCGCCGUGCUCCCUAUGUAUGGCGGACGCCAGCCGCCCACACCAGGCGCGCCUUCCACUCUGCCUCAGCUGCGGCCAGCAGCUGGCGACCACGUGCCCGACCCGGCCACCGAGGAGGACGAGAGAGAGGAGGGAGAGGAGGCCGAUGACGAGGAGGAGCGUGGUGGCGAGGCGGGUGAGGGUCAGGAGGGAAGACUCGUCGACGGGCAGGACGGCAUAGUGCAUGAGGGUGUGCGUGAGGUGGAGUGCGUAGGACCUGUUGAAGAAGGUGAGUGGGUGACGUGGCACACACAAAGGACACGGCAGACAGAGGGACGUGUGGGUGAUGUCUGACCUGACCGAUCAUUGCCCUGUUUGCUGUGUGUGGUGGUUUCGAUCGUCAGGUCGGUUGUUUGAGUUUGAGCGAUGCCAAGGGGUGCGUCAGGAGGAGCCAGGCAGCCCCUCGUUAUCAUCAACGGCUGCCGGUCAAGGUGAGGCGUCGGACGUCGGCUCGUCCCCGCUGAUGCCCCUGGCUGCCCCGUCUGCCGCCAGCUCGCCGCAGAUGCCCCUGGCGCUCCUCCCCUCACAGGCAGUAGCAGCAGACUUCAAGUGGUGUCCAUCUUCCAAGGGCACCGGAGCGAAAGGAGUGAGACACACGAAACAACCCAUAAGAAUAGCUCAUCAGUCUGUGUGGGGGCAGAUUGUUUGAUUAACGCCGCCUACAUUUUAUAUUUCGACAUCUCGUACAUCGACCCUCUGCGCCCUGCCUCCAUGGACGACAACGCGGUACGUGGAAGCUGUACACAAAACAGAGAGACAACCGACACGGAAUCAGCCCCUCUCUCUGCGGUCUGUGUUUUGUGCGACGUACUUUGGGCAGUACUUCACCGAGUAGGGCCCCCAGCUGCGGCAGGUGAUCGACGGUGUGAGGGAGGGGGAGGGUGGGAUACUGCUGCAGGACCGUCAAGACGAGCCCGGCCGCGCCCUAUGGUUCCCAGCUUCAUAGAAGACUUGGAGAGGGGCACGCUAGAGGCCUUGGAGCAGCAGCUCGAGAGCCUCUGGAAGUCCAUCAUGCCGCCACAGCCCAGCCCCGCAACAGCAGCCACAGCAUGAGAGGGAGGAGGAAAGUGAGAGAGGCGGCCCAACCCCCACCCGUCGCCUUCCCCACCGCCCCGCAGCCCCACCAGCCCCCACCCCCAUCGCCCAUCGUCGCCGAGGACAAAGGCCGACCAAGAGACACACAGACGAACACACGAGACGACACCGAGGCCGCACGCCACACGCCCACCACACAGAUGCCGCCCAUCAGACGACCAGCAGCAGAGCUGAUUGAGAGGGCA